UUUAUUUUAUGGACUGGGAGAUUGCGCUUCAAAAGAUAUUACCACCAUGAGCUGUGAAAUUAAGAACAAAGAGUGUCCGUUUGAAAUACAAUGCUUAUUUCCCACGGCUGCUAAUGAUACACGACCUUUUACUCUUUACUUUUAUUCUUCCCAGGGAAGUCAAGAACGAGUGCUUGUCUGUGCGUACAACGGACACCAUACAUGCUUUCAGGAAAAAGGCUUCGACAUCACACAUACAGGUUAUAACGAUGUCACCAUCACAGUUCCUGACACAUUUGCAACAAGUAAAGGUUUAUUUGGUUGCCAGAAAGGAGACAUUCCUAUGGUUAAAAAUUGUUUGUACAAUCCUCCAGAAAUCUGCAAUACUAUUAGUAGCACGGAAUCUGGAAUCGGGACGAAUACAGAAGGCAUCGACCCUGCAUUUAUUGCUGUUGGAAUUCUAGGAUUAAUCCCCGUCAUUGUGCUUAUCACCAUCAUCGUCUGUCUGCUGCUCAGGAAAUACAGACCUAACAGUUGUAGCUGUUUCAUGGACUGUCUAACAUGGAUCGCUGUUUUAGCAGUCAUCGCUAUCGAGAAAUGCCGGAAAUACCUUUCUUGGAAAGAAAACAGAGACAACCGUGUAAACCAAACGACGACUAACCCUGCAUCAUUUAACGUCAAUGGAGGAAAUAUCAAAACAAACGGCCGGAUCUAUCGGUAUGAAAAAACACUGUUCACAAUUGGUUUAUGCAUAUUGUAAAGAAUUUGGAUAAUGAACGAAAGGGUUACCUAUUUUGCUUUAAAUUGUCGAUAACGAGGAACUAUAGAGAUACAAUAUCUCUAUGGUGUGCGUC